AUGUAUGACUCUAACUCCAUAAAGGAGGAUGGGGAUGAAGCUAGGAAAGCAGUGAAACGCUUCUUGGUUUGCAUCUUUCUUUUGGUCCUAAGUGUGUCACUGUGCAAUGCAGCUUGUUACUUUACAUUAUUGGAACCAGGUGCUCCCACUCCAGGCUGUGUUGAUAAGAAUGGCAAGCUGCACGGGUUUAAUACCCAGUGGAAGAGUGAAGAUUGUCUGGCGUGCUCCUGUUCUGAAGAUGGAAUGGAGUGCUGCGACAUAGCUUUUAGACCAGUUGAUUAUGAUGAAGAGAAAUGUGAAAGCAUUUUCAACAAGGACACCUGCAGCUACAAAGUUGUGGAGAAGAACAAUCCCUCAAUAGAAUGUGAGUUCCAUGGUGUGGUUGGCUAACAGCAAACACGCUCCGAAUCGCAUUCUCCCUCAAAGACGAUCAGCCAUGAUGGAAAGAGUCCAUUCUUUAAUCAACAGGAAUUCAUGAAGCUGCCUUAAAUAUGCUAGUUGCUUUCUUUCUUCCUCCUAACUGGCUCCUAGUGUGGUCCCCACUGUGAUGGGCUAAAAAAAGUCAAUCUAGCCAAAAUUCCUAGUUUCCAAUUUGUGGGAAGUUUUGUUUUUCUGAAAUUUAGUUUUGAAUCAUGCUGAGACCAUACAUUUAAAGUUUCCCUCAUCAAAGAGUUAUUACAACAAUAUUCAGAAACAUCAACAUGUAGCAUUUCUGAAACAAAAUAUGAUUUUUGGACUCUGCACCUGCUCAGGGAAAUUCAGACAAGCUCUAGCAACAAGACGCCUGCUACAAAUUUGUAUGCUUCACCUUCCCCAUUCUACAGGCAAUCCGUCAUUGAAGGACUCCUUUUUGGUUCUUGGAGGUUUAUGUAGCAUUCAGGCAUUACUAGUCGCAGAUUACUUUCAUUCUCCUUACUAAGGAACACUUUGGCAUACACCUAACUGGUUCUCUAUUAUUCUGUUACCUGUUCUGAGCUCAAUUGCAUAAAAUAAAAAUCAA